AUGCCAUCCCCCGUGCUGUCCCUCCUCAUUAUCAGCUCAUUCUUUGCCGCUGCUCAGCUCGGUAGGGCAACAGAUCACAUCGUCGGCGCCCGCCUCGGCUGGAACCCGAACAUCAACUACUCCAAUUGGGCCAACAACCAGACCUUCUAUGUCAACGACUUCAUCUGUAAGCGCUCGCCACCCUUAUCUUCCUCUUCCUUCCGUCUAGAACCCCCAAUCUGACGGACAUUCUCGGAUCUGUGCCCUUUUCACACUGAAGCGUUUCGUUACCAGAAGCACACAUACAAUGUGUUCGAGGUGAAUGAGACCGGGUACGACAACUGCACGACGGAAGGGGCGGCCGGCAACUGGAGCAGCGGCAAGGACUUCAUACUCCUUGACGAGGCCAAGCGCUACUACUUCAUCUGCGGCACCGGCUUCUGCUACUCCGGCAUGAAGGUCUCCGUCGUCGUUCACCCACUCCCGUCGCCGCCCUCUUUCACCACCCCUCAUGUCGCAGACUCGAAGACCCCCGGUACAGGUGGGGCGGACGUCCUUCGGGGCGGAUUCGCCGGAGUUCUGGCUGUAGUGUUCGCUGUCUCCGUUGCCUUGAUCGGACUUUGA